GCGUUGGCGUCCGCCGCUUUUUCCCAACUUGGCUGCGAUGGCGCUGUCGCCGGGCACCUUGCUGCACCUCCCGGGAGCGGCCCCGAAGCCGCAGGUGCAAGGCCGGCUCUUCUCCUUGCCGCUCCGGCGGCGGCGAGCGCAUGCGCGGCCUGCGUGGCAUGGCUGGCACGGGCUGUUCUGGGGCCCCCUGCUCUCCCGGGCAGCCUAUCAAAGGCUGCAGCGACUGCCACGGAGAGGGGGCGGCCGGGUGUACGGGGAGAUCUCGAAGGUCCCAGCGCGGCCCCGGGAAGGGGAGGACGAGAAGUGGCAUAGCUCGAAGGAGCGCGCUACCGCUGAGGUGGAGGCGCUGCACGCGCUGCAACGGCUGCACGGCAGGCGAGCAAAGUCAUCUUCUGCUGGACAGGCCAUGGGCCCGGCCCUAGCUGCGGCAGCACUGGA